UGCAUUCCGUCUAUCGGUCCAGCUGAAGUCAAGGCUGGCUAAGAAAGGGAAUGAAUCGUCACCAUGGCUGCAAGAUCAGUGAGCUAAAAGUACUAAAAACCAUUAGCCAAUUUCUGACCACCUCUCUUGUCACUUGUGACGUGAAUCAACGGCCACGAUACGUUUUACGCUAUCGUCACAGCACGGUGUCAUAACACGUGCAUUAUAAUAUCUAUGGACGGAAUUAAAAAAAAAAAAAAAAUUGCUUCAGCUCUCUGCUUCUCCUUGGGUUUUCAUAUUCGUAAUCCGUUUCUUAUCAAUCCAAUCCAAAUCCAGAAAUUUUGAGUCUCAAAGUUUUGCUUUUUUAAUUUUUUAAUUUGAGUCUCUUCUUACGGCAUGUUGGGUUUCUCAUGGAGAUUGAUUUGGUUGGAAUCUAAGCUUGCAAUGUCUUCGUUUCCCUGAUCUUAUCUGGUGAUGCGGAAUUCUUGAUUUUCUUAUAUUACCCAGUAGGCGCCAAUCCAUUUUGGAACUUGGUUUCGGACAAAGAGCUAUAAUCUGGUUUAAAUUGAGGUUAAGGGUUCUCUGGAUUACUUCAUUUAGAUCAAAAUUGAAGCUUUUCCGACUUGAUUUAGGCAAUCUUCGCUUAGGUUUCUGUUCUGUAUCAAAGUAACUAUGUGGAAGGAGGUAUAGUUAUAGACUUGGAGGAGGUUUUAGUUUCAAAAGAUAAGAUUUUGUUUUUUCAUUUAUACUGGAGUUGAAGUGAUAGAUGGAGGUUGUGUCUGAGUUUGAUGAUACUGAGACCUCCAUUACCCACCUUCCAGAUGAUUGUCUUUCCUUUAUUUUCCAACGACUUGAUAAUGUUGCUGAUCAUGAUUCAUUCGGUUUGACUUGUCAUCGCUGGCUCAACAUCCAAAACAUAAGCCGUCGCUCUUUACAGUUUCAGUGUUCCUUCACAGUACUGAACCCUGCAAGUCUGUCUCAGCCGAAUCCUGAUGUGAAUUCCUAUCAUCUCCACAGGCUUCUCACUCGUUUCCAGUGGUUGGAGCAUCUUUCGCUUUCUGGUUGCACGUUACUGAAUGAUUCAAGCCUCGCCUCUCUUAGGUUUCCCGGUGCAAGACUGCAUAGUCUUUACUUAGAUUGUUGCUUUGGUAUUUCUGAUGAUGCGAUCUUUACAGUUGCUAGCUUUUGUCCCAAUCUAAGAGUGGUUAGUCUCUACCGCUGCAAUAUCAGUGACAUUGGGUUAGAAACUUUAGCCAGGGCUUCCUUGCCUCUAAUGUGCGUUAAUCUCUCGUAUUGCCCUCUAGUAUCUGAUUUUGGGAUUAAGGCAUUGUCACAAGCAUGCUUGCAGCUUAAGUCAGUGAAGAUCUCAAACUGCAAGAGCAUAACCGGUGUUGGCUUCAACGGCUGUUCUCCAACUCUAGGCUAUGUGGAUGCUGAGUCUUGUCAGCUUGAGCCUAAGGGUAUAACUGGGAUCAUUAGCGGAGGUGGGAUUGAGUUUCUUAACCUUUCAGGUGUAAGUUGCUACAUCCACAAAGAUGGGUUGGUACCUAUUGGAUCUGGGAUUGCAUCAAAACUUAGAAUCUUGAACCUAAGGAUGUGCAGAACGGUUGGUGAUGAAUCCAUCGAAGCUAUAGCAAAAGGUUGUCCAGUGCUCCAAGAGUGGAACUUGGCUCUCUGUCAUGAAGUUAAGGUUUUGGGAUGGGAAGCCGUAGGAAAGUGGUGCCGUAACUUGAAAAAACUCCAUGUGAACCGUUGUAGGAACUUAUGUGACCAAGGGUUGCUUGCUCUACGAGGUGGUUGCACGAACCUCCAGAUUCUCUACAUGAGCGGGAAUGCGAGGCUGACCCCUACAGCAGUUGAGAUGUUCAGGUUACAUAGAGCCGAUAUAACAAUAAGGGCAGAGGAAAUGAUGGCCAUAGGAGCAGACUGGAGACUAUAUGCACAAGAAUGAAGCAUCCAUUACCCAACAGUAUAUAUGCGUUGGUCUUACUCAGAGGAAAACUGCAAGAACGGAUCCGAAUGCUGCUAAAGCAAGCUAGUAAACAACUCUGAAAAUAUACAUUACAAAUACUAUAUACAUCCUUUCUUUUUUUGGUCAUCAACAAAUACUUCACUUAGUUGUCAAAUUUAUAAUGUGUCCAUGAAGUCAUAAUGGAUGGUCCUUAGAAUUCUUUACUUAUGCCUCUUGCACAAUCCCCCAAUAUUUGCUUUGUUGUAAUGUUGUGAUUCUUUGGGGAUGGACCAUUUAUAAGAUUAUCACUCUUUGUAUAGUAAGUAUCAUUCCUUUUGUCUGUAGGCAACAGAGUAUGCGAAUUACAAAGAGGAUUACGAAGUAAACAUGGUUUAAUGCAGGUGUAGGGGUUGGUGUUGGGAUUGGACUAGGUGUCUGUGUUGGUCUUCUCCUUCGUACUUACCAAUCCAACUACCAGAAACUUCAGGAGGAGGCUUCUGAGAAGCCGCUUCUCUAGCUAGUUUAGUAAUGUAUAUUUGCACUUUUUUUACCUUUUGAAAUUUUGAGAGAAUCCUCUUUUAAAAACCGUUUGAAUUUGGGUGUGAUGUGAAUCAAACACUUUUGGGUGUGGAUAAGUUGGUAUUUGUUUUGCUGUAAAUAAACGAGUGAGAAAAUAGCUU